AUGAAGGAGUUCCCAAGAAAGUUUCUCAGCAAGCGCGAAAAGAAUGGCCGGCGAUCUAAGUCGGCCACACCAACGCCAGUUGUCCCAACGGUUGUUGACAGCACUAGCAACAAAAACAAGCCUCGACCACUCUCCGCUGGGGCUUUCAUGGCCUUGUUCAAAAACGACAGCGCAAAACAAGGAGCGAAAGCAGAAGCAGAGAAAGAGAAGGAUACCGCACAAAUCGAGGACAUUUUACGCCGCCUAGACGAGCUCAACAUAACCAAUGUCACCGCCGACCAUGUUACCGACAUCAUGGCAACCAAGUUUGCAGACCACGACCCCAAGAAGACAGUCGAGUUCAUCGAUAUGGAGCAAAAGGCUGCAGCGGGCAUCAUAACCCCAUACGAUCCCAGCGUGGAUAUGGUGGGUGCCGAAAACCGUGGCAACGUGACUUGCUAUCUCGAUGCACUUCUGUUCUCAAUGUUUGCUAAAAUCGAUGCUUUCGAGUGUAUGCUCAAAAAUGAUUUCCCAGAGGAAGACAAUCGCAACAAACUUGUCAAUCUUUUGCGGAUGUGGGUUAACAUGUUGAGGACGGGGAAAUUAGUGCAUACGGAUAUGACCAAGCUGAUACAGGACGCUCUGGCUGACUGUGGAUGGUCGGAUGCACGGAUGCUUGAGCAGCAAGACACCUCGGAGGCUUUUGCUUUCAUAACAGAAACCUUACAGCUCCCUCUACUUUCACUGCAAGUCGAUCUCUUCCACCAAGGCAAGAAGGACAAGGAUGACCACAAGGUUGUUUAUGAGCGUCUUCUGAAUCUGGCUGUGCCUCCAGAUCCUGAGGAGAAGGGUCUGAAAUUAGAAGACUGCCUCGAGGAAUACUUCAACGCCCAGGUAGACGUUAAGCGAGAUAGCGAAGACGGGAAGAAGCUCGGGGUAGAAGAGAAGAGUCGAAGUGAGACACCAACACUUAAGCAUAGGGAUACAAUUCGCAUCAUCACUGAAGAACGCGGCGAAGCAUCAACACCAACGUCCCCCUUGGUAAAUACACCGUUGGAGAUAACGCCAACUUCGGAGAAGGGAGUUUCUCUUCUGCUGGCAGAUCCCAAUGUCAAGGACGGAAAUGCUCCUGAUGAUGAAGGAGAGGGAGAGGUCACGACUGUGGAAAUAGUGAAGAACAAGCCAAGCAUGCGAACGAGGUCUACCAGCGUCAUCCAGCGCGUAGUAUUGGAUGAAGACGGUCGCCCCUCUACCCCAGACAAUGUCACAAUGCUUCAAAAGGCUAUGAGGAAAGGCUCGACAGUUGUGAAGGCAGUUACUAUUCCUGCCUGGCAGUUUUUCCGUCUAAUUCCUUGGCAUGCGCUUUCAAGCAGUGAGCCCAGGAAUAAUACGGAGGUCGCAUUGAACUUUGAGCAAAGACCUGUUGUUGGCAUCUGUCUCAAACGUUACGCUAUGACUGAGUCCGGGCAGCCGAAACGUCACAAUACCUUUAUCGACAUUCCCGAUAGUCUGAGACUACCCCAUUUCAUGCUAGCCGAUGAACCCAAGGCCGAGGAAGAUAUGAACGUUCUUAACACGGACUAUAAGCUCGUCCUACAGUCCGUCAUCUGCCACCGGGGCGACUCACUACAAAGUGGCCAUUAUGUUUCGUUCGCCCGAGUGGCCCCUAAGUUAUUGAAAGACAAUAGACGGCAUAAUUUCGACCCACCACCGGAUUACGAGGAAGCACAAUGGGUAAAAUUCGAUGACCUCCAGAUCGAAAAUCGAGUCAGUUAUGUGGAAGAUAUCAGGUCAGCAUUGAAGGAGGAAAUGCCUUAUCUUCUGUUCUAUCAGAUCAUGCCGAUGGUCGAAGUCUCGCCUCCAUCUGUGGACGAGACAGAGACAGAACCGCCUUCCUACAACGAUUCGAAAAUCAGCAUUGAGUUGCCUCCUACUCCUUCACAAAGCAACCGAUUGGGUAGUCUGGAGGGAGGCUAUUUUGAUAGUACACCAACCUUGGAGAACUCACAACUUUUGUCUAGUAAACCACCAAGUAUUCGCCUAUCUAUGGACGGCGAAAGGCCCAGAAGAAGCGAAGAUAUCGACCGAAACCCAGGAUCUCUAGCUGGGGACUCGCGGCGCCCCAGCGCUGUUUGGACGGAUUCGACCAUACAUACCCCCAACUCCCACUCUCCAGCUGUUACGCCUAACGAAGAAUCGACAGCAUCGAGGUUGUCACGCGCAGCAUCUAGAUUCACAUUGGUUAACAGAAGUCGGCCCAGUAGCCAAAAUGGAGAAAAUCGCAUUAGUUUCUCGAUGAGCCGACUGGGCGGUCUCAUGCGGCCUAGCAAAGAGCCCUUGGCGGAGCCCAAAGAUGAACCCAAUGGCAUUGGCAUGUCUUCUGCCAACUCCACCGGUGUCUUGACGGCAGAGAUAUCUAAAGAGUCGAAGGAAUCAAAGGAUGCCGUGGAUGGGACAGAGCAACUGGCCGAACCAGAACCCGAACAGCACCACCAUCGUCACCAUGGCCAUAAACAUGGACAUAAGAGGGUCAAGUCCAAAGACAAAGUUAAGCAAAAGAGCGGCGACCAACCUGAACGAGAAUGCACAGUGAUGUAA